UUGUCCGUCGACUGCGCCUCCAAAAUGUCGAAGCCCUCGUCUACGCCUCUAUUUUGUCGAAAGUUGUGCCGUGUUUCAUAAUGUCAAUAAUCUCGACGGCUCGCGACAGAGGGAAAAAAACUCAGAAACCCAACUCGCUCGUUCCCGCAACUCGCAUCUUCUCGUCGACAGCUCCAACUCCGGAACCCUUGUCGCCGGCGCCGGCGAUGUCGUCAUCUACCGCCCCCGCCCCGGCGGCGGCGAUGGCCGUGGACGAUGCGGAGGACGACCAGCUCGCCUCCAUGUCCACGGAGGACGACAUCCGGGCCUCCCGCCUCCUCGACAACGAGAUCCGCGUCCUCAAGGACGAGUUGCAGCGGACGAACCUGGAGUUGGAGUCGUUCAAGGAGAAGAUCAAGGAAAACCAGGAUAAAAUUAAGCUCAACAAACAGCUACCCUACCUCGUUGGCAAUUUCGUUGAGAUCUUGGAAAUGAAUCCUGAGGAUGAAGCUAAGGAGGAUGGUGCUAACAUUGAUUUAGAUUCACAAAGGAAAGGAAAAUGUGUUGUUCUGAAGACCUCCACAAGACAAGAUCCGAAGGCAGAGAAUCCUAAUGAGAUGGUUACAGCUGGUGUGCUUUCAAGCCUUCAGAAUUUCCUACGCAAGUGCCUCAUAGCUAGCCUCUCAUAUGGCCCAAUGCCGAAGCACAUUGCAUUUAUUAUGGAUGGCAAUCGUCGAUAUGCUAAAUUCAGAAGCAUGCAAGAAGGAGCUGGUCACAGGAUGGGUUUCUCUACCCUUAUUGCAAGUCUGAUGUACUGCUAUGAAAUGGGUGUGAAGUACAUCACUGUCUACGCAUUCAGCAUCGACAAUUUUAAAAGGGACCCAAGUGAGGUGGAAUCCUUGAUGCAGUUAAUGGAGGAAAAAAUCAACGAACUCUUAGAGAACCAAAGUGUAAUCAACAAGAUUAAGUGUAAGAUCAACUUUUGGGGUAACUUGGACUUGUUAUAUGAGCCGGUGCGGUUGGCGGCUGAGAAGCUGAUGGCGAGCACAGCUGGGAACACAGGGCUGGUUUUUUCUAUCUGCAUGCCAUACAACUCGACUUCUGAGAUUGUCAAUGCUGUCAGUGAAGUCUGUGCGGAAAGGAUGGAAAUGUUUCAGAGCGAACAUAUUGGCGACUGCAAUGGUCAUGCUGCAAAUAACGGUGUGCGUUCAGAGAUUUCAGUGGCAGAGUUGGAUCGCCACAUGUAUAGUGCCGGAUGCCCAGAUCCUGAUAUCGUCAUCCGGACUUCGGGCGAGACUCGAUUGAGCAAUUUCCUCCUUUGGCAGACAACGUUUAGUCACUUGCAGAAUCCAGAUCCUUUGUGGCCCGAGUUCUCCUUUAGGCACCUUGUUUGGGCUAUCUUGCAGUAUCAGAGAGUUUACCCUGCUCUGGAGCAUAACAGAAAGUUGGCUAAGAAGCAGUUGUGAUUCCAUGUUAUUUGCAAAGAGGUAUCAUGAAGGGCUAUUAACAUCAAACUUUUCCUUCUCAAUUUCCCGGUAAUGGGAAAUGCAAAGAAGAACAUACUAGCAUAUAACAUUAUGAAUAGAUCACCAUGUAACUUAAGUGUGAUUGCUACCGUAACCAUGUAACUUAACCAUGUAACUUAUUUGAGCUCGUACAAAUGCUGACCACUGAUAAUGUCUGUUGGUCAUAUUUUGCAUCCA